AUGUCGGCCUCUCAGGGUCAACCGAAGAAGAUCAGGAUUACAGUUGUUGCUGCCGAUGGGUUGACCAAGCGCGAAGUCUUCCGCCUCCCCGACCCUUUUGCCGUGAUCACCGUCGAUGCGGAGCAAACACACACAACCAGCGUCAUUAAGAGGACACUGAACCCGUAUUGGAAUGAGAGCUUUGACAUCACUGUCAAGGAUUCUUCUGUUAUCGCCGUCCAGAUAUUCGAUCAGCGAAAAUUCAAGAAACGGGAUCAGGGUUUCUUGGGUGUCGUCAACGUUCGCAUUAGCGAUGUUCUAGAUCUGGAUAUGGGUGGUCACGAGAUGCUCACGUUGGACCUCAAGAAGUCCAACGACAACCUAGUCGUCCAUGGGAAGCUCAUUAUCUAUCUCUCCACCAAUGUCAGCCAGCCUAUCAGCAACCCUGGCCCUUCGCAAGUGAAUGGUAUCUCAGAGGCGAUAUCGGGAUUGUCGAUUAACUCGGCUUCAACCGCUGGCCCCAGCAGCAGCCAAAACCUCGCCGCAGGCAGCUCGCUCUCUCGUAGCUCGAGCGCUCAAGCGAGCGCUGUGGACGCUGCGAGCGCGCAUGUCACAAUGCCCACUCCCCAGGUUACCCCAUCUAUAGCGUCGGCAGAGACCGAGCAGCAGUCCCCUGCCCCAGCCCCGGCAUCGCGACCUGUUAGCACUGGGAGUGCCGCAGCCGCGACUGGUGCGGCCUCGCCGAUCCCGACCACUGUCAACGCCAGUGCAGCCGGGCACACGGCGUCUAACAACAACGCGCAGCUCCGGAACUUUAACCCUCAUGAGGACCAGUACGGUCCCCUACCACCCCUUUGGGAGAGGCGAAUUGAUCCUCUAGGUCGCACUUACUAUGUCGACCACAACACACGCAGCACGACAUGGAACCGCCCGUCGUCCAACCAGACGACGAACACGCACACCCAAGACGGCGCGACUAAUGCCGCCCGCGAUCAGCACAACCGGCGCAUUCUCGUCGACGAUAUGCUUGAGGCGAACAACAACGCGGGCGUCGCACGUACCGGCUCCGCGCAGGUAAACACUGCCGCGGCUGCCGUAGCGGCAAGCAACAAUGUGACGACGUCAGGUGCGGGUCCUCUCCCCGCAGGAUGGGAAGAGCGAUACACGCCUGAGGGCCGCCCGUACUACGUGGAUCACAACACUCGCACGACGACAUGGGUUGACCCGCGCCGGCAGACCAUUAUCCGAGUCAUGGGUCCCAACGGACAGAACGCGUCGCUGCAGCCGCAGACGAUCUCGCAGCUCGGACCUCUGCCGUCAGGCUGGGAGAUGCGGCUCACGUCGACUGCGCGCGUGUACUUCGUCGACCACAACACGAAGACCACGACGUGGGACGAUCCGCGCCUGCCGUCGACGCUUGACGCGAAUGUGCCGCAGUACAAGCGUGACUUCCGCCGAAAGUUGAUCUACUUCCGGAGUCAGCCCGCGAUGCGCGCGCAGCCAGGCAACUGCCAGAUCAAGGUCCGGCGUAACCAUAUCUUCGAGGACAGCUAUGCGGAGAUCAUGAGGCAGACGCCCAAUGAUCUGAAAAAGCGGCUGAUGAUCAAGUUCGAUGGUGAGGAUGGUCUUGACUAUGGUGGAUUGUCAAGGGAAUUCUUCUUCUUGCUGUCGCACGAGAUGUUCAACCCUUUUUACUGUCUAUUCGAGUACUCGGCGCACGACAACUACACCCUGCAGAUCAACCCUGCCUCCGGUGUCAACCCUGAGCACUUGAACUACUUCAAGUUCAUUGGGCGAUGCUUGGGUCUUGGCAUUUUCCACCGUCGCUUCCUUGAUGCGUACUUUAUCACCGCCUUCUACAAGAUGAUUCUGAAGAAGAAAGUCACGCUUGCGGACCUCGAGAGUGUCGACGCCGAGUUGCAUCGUGGUCUGACCUGGAUGCUCGAGAACGACAUCACUGACGUCAUUGAUGAGACAUUUACUACGACAGAGGAGCGAUUCGGCGAAAUGGUUACAGUUGAGCUGAAGCCUGGUGGCGAGGACGUCCCUGUUACCGAAGACAACAAGAAGGAAUAUGUCAACUGCGUCGUGGAAUACCGUAUUUCACGCCGUGUCAAGGACCAGUUCGAGGCGUUUAUGUCCGGGUUCAGCGAGCUCAUUCCUCAGGACCUGAUCAACGUCUUCGACGAGCGUGAACUAGAGCUGCUGAUUGGCGGCAUGUCUGAGAUCGAUGUCGAUGACUGGAGCAAGUUCACGGACUACCGUGGAUACGAGGUCAACGACGAGGUCAUCCAGUGGUUCUGGAAGUGCGUGCGUAGCUGGCCACCGGAGCGCAAGUCGCGGCUGCUGCAGUUCGCUACCGGCACGUCCCGAAUUCCCGUCAACGGUUUCAAGGAUUUGCAGGGCUCGGACGGCCCACGGCGCUUCACCAUCGAGAAGUCGGGAGAUCCCAGCCAACUGCCGAAGAGUCAUACGUGCUUUAACCGUAUCGACUUGCCGCCGUACAAGGACUAUGCCACGCUUGAGCAGAAGCUCACGUUGGCUGUAGAGGAAACGGUUGGAUUCGGCCAGGAGUAGCGGUUGUCAAUUCUAUACAUGUCGACCACCUUUUUUCUAUGUCUAUCUUUUCUGUCUCGACCAAAUUUGCUGCCCAUUCGUUCGCGUGCGACUGUUUCUUUUUCCCUUGGUCUAUCUAUCCCUUAUCUUUGUAAUUGUGCCAUAUUCCACGGUAGCAUCGUUACGAUUCGCGCAGCCUGUUGAUCCGCACCUCCGACAUCAUCCUUCGCGGGCGAUCAACACCCUGGAGGGAUGUAAAGGUCAUGGACGUUAGCUCGGAGUGUACUUCAGAUGUCUGUCUGCUCUUUGUUGGCUUACAGCAACUUAAUACAAGUAGUGUUAUUAGCU